CACACAGGACCCCGCCUUUCUUCCUCCUCUUAGCACAGUUGUAGCUCUGAACAAAAAACAUUGCUGCCUGAGGCCAGCUUCUAGCUUUAUGCUCUAGCUUAUCUUCAUUGGCUGCCUGAGUCAUGGCUCUGCUGCUCUACUUGAUUCUUGCUAUUGGCAUCAGACCUGGAUUCUUAGAAUUUCCAUCUGGAGUGCGGCUGGUGGGAGGUCCCCACCGCUGUGAAGGGCGGGUGGAGGUGGAAUGGAAGGGCCAGUGGGGCACCGUGUGCGAUGAUGGCUGGGGGAUGGAGGAAGUGACUGUGGUGUGCCGGCAGCUGAGCUGUGGAGAAGCCAAGAGAAGUUCCAGCGGUUUCCAAUAUAAGCCAUCAACAGAAAUUGUGCCAAGUGUUCUUAUCCAGAGCGUGGAUUGCAAGGGGACGGAAGAUACACUGGCUCAAUGUAAGCUGGAAGAAGAUGUUUUUGAUUGCUCACGUACCGAAGAAGCUGGAGCAUCGUGUGAGAAGAGCGUGCGGCUGUCCAGCGGCCGUAGGCGGUGCGAGGGGCGAGUGGAGGUGUGGCACCAGGGACAGUGGAACACAGUGUGCAACACAGGCUGGAACCUCCGGGCUGCGAAGGUGGUGUGCCGGCAGCUGGGAUGUGGGAGGGCCCUACUAACCCAAAGACAGUGCAACAAGGCUUCUCGAGGCCAAGGACCCAUCUGGACGAGCCAGAUAGCAUGCUCAGGGCAAGAAGCAGCCCUUCAGGAUUGCCAUUUGGGGCUUUGGGAAAAGAACAACUGCACCCAUGAUGAGGAUACCUGGGUGGAAUGUGAAGAUGGUUUUGAACUGAGGCUAGUAGGAGGAGACAACCACUGCUCCGGGAGACUGGAGGUGCUGCACAAGGGUGUGUGGGGCUCAGUCUGCGAUGAUGGCUGGGGAGAGAAGGAGGACCAAAUGGUUUGCAAGCAACUUGGGUGUGGACAGUCCCUCUCUCCAUCCAGCAAAGCCCGAAAAAGCUAUGGCCCUGGGGUGGGUCGCAUCUGGCUUGAUGAUGUUCGUUGCUCAGGGGAAGAGCAAUCUUUGGAGCAGUGCCAGCACAGGUUUUGGGGGUACCAUGACUGCACCCACAAGGAAGAUGUGGCAGUGAUCUGCUCGGAGUAGUACCCUGAAUUGUUUUUCCUGCUGCGUGACUUGGCUCUUAAUGGCCCUGUGUGUUCCCUGCUGUUCUCCUGGGCCCUGAUUACUGGCCAUGCUGGGCCUCAGACUUUAGCCACUGCUCCAGAGUCUUAAUGCUGUGCUGUGCCUCAAUCCCAGAACCAGGCAAGCCCAUCACCUCAAGAUAUGAACUGCAGAAUCUGGCCUUUCCCGUCUCUUUCCAAUCUACCACAGCCCAUAGAUGGCCACUGUAACUAGUGGGAGAUAGGUGUGUACAAUAACAUUAAAGGAAUAAAACCACAAAAACAAUAUCUGAGAGAGAAGGCAGGAAGACAAUUGAUUUGGAACUUGAGGGGAAGCAGUCUUCUUGAACUCUUCUUCUCAAGUUUCAGGUGAUCAUAAUACUACUAUGCAAUUUCUUGGUGAAAGAGGAAUGCUUUUAGUAGCAGAGCAGUGUCCCAUAGUACUACCCUGUCAUAGUUUUAAUCUUAAAUGUCUCCCCUAAACUCAUAUGUUUGAGCAGUGUUCCGAGGGAGAGCUUUUUAGGGAUGAUUGAUCAUGAAGCAUCUGACCUCAUGAAUGGAUUAAUUCAUUGGUGGAUUCAUACCUCAGUGGACUGUUGGGAAAUAAUGGAAACUUUAGGAGUGGGGCCUCACUGGAGAAAGUAGAUAAUUAACGGCAUGCCCUUGAAGGGUAUAUUUUGUCCUCUUCCUCUCUCUUCCCUUGUUUCCUGGUAGCCAUGAAGUAGACAGCUUUGCUCUAUGUACCACCAGCUCCUUUUCAUGGUGCUCAGAAAUAGAACCAAGUAACCAUGCACUGAAACCCUGAAACUGAGCUACAAGGACUCUUUCCUUCUUUAAAUUGAUUUUCUCAGGUUUGUGACAGCAGUGGAAAGCUAGCACAUAGCUAGCCCAUAGACCUUCUAUUAACACUUAGGGAAGAAAAGACAUUUCAUCUUCUGGCUUUUUCCAAUAAAAUAUCUUUGUUUACCA